UGGAUACCUCUCCCAACCCGUGCGUAAAAUCUCUUUUGGAAAGACAUUCGGAUACCCAAAAGUAGCGUUUUGACUGGAAACCAUCGCAUCUGAAGAAACAAACAAACAAACAAACAAAAAAAAAAACUCUGCCAGCUAUUGGUGGAAGACAUUGACUGUUUCUUUGGCUGACUUUUUUUACGCGAGUGCAUCAGAAUUUUUUUUUUUUUUUUUCAAUGAAACCACCCUCGGAUGCAAAAGCAAUCUCCCGAUUCGCAGGUCAAUAAGAUUUCUGUGUCUCUUACCUCUUGUAGCUAUGUGUGCAUUGACUCGCUGGAGAUAAAGUGUCCACAAUAAUACCUUUUUGUGAGGGGGAAAAAGGGAGGGUGUGUGCGCGCUCUCGCACUUCAGCCUUACCAGAAGAAAGAAGAAAUCUGGGACAGACGGGGGAAGAGAAGUUGCGUCUCCAAGGAUGACUUUAGGGACGGAUAUGUCCGACAGCUCUGCAUUGUCCGAAGAUGUAGACAUUGAUGUGGUCGGAGGGGACAUAUCCGUCGGGAAAGACGGGAAAUACAUUCACCACGAGUUCAACUUGGACAAUGACUCGGACGAUAAUUACUCCCAGAGCGCGGCGGAGAGAGGUUCAUCUCCGGGGCUCAGCAGCUCCGACUGCCCGUCAGAGCCUCUGGGAUCCGGCGCGGAGUCUGGGACCUUGAUUGGGGACAAACCCCGAAAAAGUGCACUUGUGAAACCCCCUUACUCGUACAUCGCUCUGAUCACAAUGGCCAUCCUGCAGAGUCCCAAGAAACGCCUCACGCUCAGCGAGAUCUGCGAGUUCAUCAGCAACAGAUUCCCUUACUACCGGGAAAAAUUCCCUGCGUGGCAGAACUCCAUACGCCACAAUCUUUCCCUGAACGACUGCUUUGUGAAAAUCCCACGGGAGCCAGGUAACCCGGGAAAGGGCAACUACUGGACCCUGGACCCGGACUCCGCAGACAUGUUCGACAACGGGAGCUUCUUGCGCAGGAGGAAGCGCUUCAAGAGACACCAAAGUAACGAAAUCCUCAGGGACUCCGGCGGCUUUCUGCCAGGGUUCGGAUACGGGCCGUAUGGAUACAACUACGGACUCCAGCUUCAGAACUUUCACGCAGCCCACAAUCCUUUCCAUCCGCACCACACCGGCGGAUCUUUCCCCUUCCCCAACGCCCCCUGCACCUUGCCUUCACCUGCAUCCAUAUUCCCCGCGCCGCAUCACUUGCCCUCCCUUCUAGGGACCGACCUGAGGAAGCCCUUUUACCCGCAGCUCAGCCCGUCCCUGCCGCCUCUCAAGACGGACUCCGGCUCCACAACGAGUCGGCCCUCCUUCUCCAUUGACAACAUCAUAGGAGCGGCCAACUCCAGCGGCUCUUCCUACAGCGCGCAGAGCAGCAGCCAGGCUCAGAUCCUGGCCAUGCUCACCCCGGCGCUGGCCUCCGCUUCCAGCCACCUGAACAUUUCCCAGGAGGGCCUAUUCCAAGCAAGCCCACCGAGUCAGACUUUUCCCACCAAGACCUCCAACUUGAACACUUGCCCUUUCUAAAGACUGAAAAAGUGAAUAAGAAAUAAUAAUUGUGACGUCGUCCUAUGUGAAGGUAGGAUGAACAUUUUUGCUGCAGAAAGAAAGAAAGAAAGAGAGAGAGAGUUUGUUUCGAGCUCUCUCGGUUUCCUAACAAUGUGAGAGGAGACUUUAUUUAUGCGAUGUAAAUAUAUGUGCAUAACACUGAGAGGCAGACAACUUAUGAAAGAUCAUAAAAACAAACACAAUGCAGGCCUGCAAGUCCAGUCUGCGGUCCUCAUUCAGAAGGUGAUGGGAUUUAAAAUAAUAAUAAUAUUAAAAACUGAUAUUUUAACAUAAGUUAAAGUUGUCACCAACGAUCAGUGGGGCUUAUUUCCAUUUUUUAAAAAAUAAAUAUAACUGAGAAUUUAAUUAUGAUUUAUAUUGUGUUUAUUGUAAGAUAGUUGGCACUAUUGUUGUUGAUAUAGACGAAAGACGGCAAUCUCAGGUUUUUACUUAGAAAGCACAUGAAGACGAAAGGGGGGUUUCUGACUUUACAUAGAAAAAUCACUCCAAUCUCCCAUAGUCCCCCUUUUACAUGGUGAAUUUGUGGCAAUAUCGUUUCCUGUUGUCAGUGGAUACAUCUAGGUUGCGUGAUUGACUCUCUCAGCCUUUUUUUUUUUUUAAUUGUUCGUUCCUCCCUAUAUUUACAGUUGAAUCUGUGAAACAUUUGUCUUGUGUUGCCAAUAGCUGAGCACAUAAAUGUUCAUAGGUCAGUUCUUUUUUUGUUGUAAUGACAAGAAUAAUAAAUGUGAGUUUAAGAAAC